AGUUGAUUAUGCGCUCUACCAGCAGGACGUAUCGGUUGAUGGUAUAAGAUUUGAAUCAUGACUGAUAUGAAGGUGACCGCCUUCCUUCUGAUGGUUUGUCUGUCAGAGGUGCAGUCCCUCCUUUCCCUCAAUAUCCCAGCCAUAGUGAAGGAACCUGUGAUUCUUCCGUGUACUUGCUCUGGGCAAAAAGUUGAGUGGACCAUCUUCCAUCCCAUCAAAGAUUCCAUUGCUGCGUGUCAGGAUCACGCCUGUCAGAUUAAACCGCGUUUUCAGAAAAGAUUUUCAUUCUUGGACACUACCAGCACAGGAAAUUUCUCCAUGAACAUCAGUUCAGCUUUCUACAAUGAUGCUGGGUUAUACAGCUGCACCUGUUCUGGAUCAGUUCACGAUGUAAAACUGCAGGUUUAUGACCCUCGGAUUGUGAAGGUUUUUCCGGGGGAGAACACCACCCUCCCGUGCCAUGGAGACACUCGGCGUGAUGUCGAAGAUGUACUGUGGAAGAAAGAUGGUGAAAAGGUGCUGCAGUACCAUUCUGCAAGGACCAAAGAAGCCCCAGCAGGCAGGUUUACGAUGUCGAACGAAAGCUUUCUGGAUGGCGAUCUCUCUCUCCACAUCAGUUCAGUUCACCUGUCUGAUGGUGGACUUUAUCUGUGCCUUCUUCAGGGUGAAUCUCGUGAUGGAGACCCACGUGCUGUUCUUCUAAAGGUGGAAGAACGACAACCCACAACCUCCAACAACUGCACAGAACCGUCAUUAGGAAUAAGGCUAGGAAUAACACUUGGACUGGUCCUCGUCGUCCUCCUGUUGAUCAUUGGAGUGAUUUGUUUGAGAAAUGGCACAGGAUCUCAAAACAUGGUCGAUGCAAAGCUUCCUGUUCAAGAGAAUGGCCACACGAGCCCAAAGGAUUCUUCGACACUGCCGAUCUUGGACGAGAUUGGAGUGAACGCACAACUGCUUGUUGCUGACCGGUUUGUUCUAAAGGAACUAGAGAAGGUAGACACUGUUGCAUAGCUCAAUGUAGCCCUGUUGUCUUUACGGAGUAGGAAAUGUCUGGGACUGGAUGGCUAUCUAUGCAAAUUUGAUCAAAAAUUCUGCCAUAAACUAGUGCCGUCACUAUUAGAUAUGUUUAAUGAAUCGUUCAACUCUGGUCGCCUUCGCCAAACUCUCAGGCAAGUUUCCAUCUCCUUACUCUUGAAAAAAAGUAAAGAUCCAUUAGCUUGCACUUAUUACCGCCCCGUACGUUUGUUGAACACUGAUUUCAAAUGAUCAAAACUGUUGGCAUUACGACUAGGAUCCGCUCUCCCAUUUAUCGUCUCCACAGACGAGGCUGGCUUUAUUUGAAACGGGCAUUCUUUCUCUAACCUCAGGUGGCUGUUUAAAACGGUUUAUAACGUCUUUUGAUAGUCGAGUACAGCAGGUGCAUGUGUUUUAAAAAGAAAAAACUAGAUAAAAUAACCAUGUAGAAAUAUCUAUUUAUAGAUUAUUAGACUGAAUUUAUUGGAAUCGGAGAAAUUAUCAAAUGGCUUUGAUUCUUCAUUUCAUUCUGAAGGGAUUGCGUGUUUUUUAAAUUGUAUCAUCAUUGUGUGGUACACGUUAACCAUCACAAAUGUAAAAUAUUUUUGAGGCAAUUUUCCAACAGUGCUGAACUCGCUCACUGUUUUUCAUUCACAGUGAUUGUCACCCUUAUGUGCAACUUGUUUAAUUUCUUUAAAUUAACUUCAGGUUUCACUGGAUUAAUAAAGAUGCAACUUUAUUUCCUCCAGAAGCUUUGAAUUUGGGUGAGUCUAACUCUUAAAACUGCAGAUCAGGUAAUGGGUUAUAACACCACACGCACCAUAAUGGGGCAUUGGAUAGUUAGUUUGAGCUUUCCUGAAAAAUUAAUCAUAAUGAUACCUGCUUUUUGAUCUACUUUUAUCACUUUCCUUGAACCAGUAAAUACAUAGUAAUGAAAAAUUAAGGACAAACGAAAAAUCUUGCUGCUUGUCUGACUGGGCAGGUGGAUAAAGUUAAUGUCGAGCCCUGUAAACUCUAAAGACCCUCUGGCAGGAGGAUCUAAGGCAGGUAAUUUCAGAAGAGGUUUGGUCGGAGGUUUUAAAACGUGUCCGUGAAUCUUCUAUCCAUGUAAAACGUUGUACAUCGCAUCUAUUAUUCAAAGGCUCAGCUGUCAAAGAUCGAUGAGAUGUUUCCCCAGCGUGUAGUGUGUCAAUAAUCUCCUGCAAGUGUCAUACACAUGCUCUGGCUUUGCUCAUCCCUUUUAAUCUAACUACUGGACAGAUAUUUGACACCUUAUCAGAGUAAAUGGAGGGAAAGUAGAGCCAAAUCCUCUGGGGGCACUGUUUAGGGUCUUUCCCUCAUUGCUUUCCCUUUCCACAUUUAAAAAUGAUGCCCUAGCCUUUGCCACUCUACUUGUUAGGAGACUAAGUGGAAAUUAACAUCUCUCUCUCAUACCCAGUGGAUAAGAGACACCCCUUUAUUUUAUUAGAUUGGAAAAGAUCAGACUUUCGUUAAGAAGCUCCACCAGUACAUUUGGGAAAUAUGGGGCUCUUUUUUUCCUUCCCUAAGUUAGUCAAGAGGAGGAAUUUCCCAGAACCUUGUGUGGUUCAUGUCGACUUUUUUAUAUAUAUAAAUAUAAAAAGCACAACACAUGAAUGUUUUAAUCACUAUUUUAAUCACUAUUUUUCUUAUAUUAACACUGUUGUAGACGAUAAGUAAUAAAACACUUUGUACAAAUUAUUUAUAUUGUACUAUAUUUAGAAUUAUUGUAUUUUCUGGAGUUCUGGAGUUCACAACUUUAUUCAUCACACACUUGUGAAAUUCCUCUGCAUUUAACCCAUCUGAAGCAGUGAACACAUGCAGUAGGCAGCCAUGCUAACAGUGCCUGGGGAGCAGUUGGGAGUCUCACUCAAGGCCGUCCCAUAUUAACCUCACCGCAUGUCUUUGGACUGCAGGGGAGAACAUGCAAACUCCCAGAACCUUCUUACUGUGAGGUGACCGUGCUCACCACUAUUUGCUUUUGUUUUAUUAGGGUUCUGUCAGUUCCAUCCAGUUCCUGUGUGGGUGUGGUUUUUUUUUUUUUUUAAUUAAUGCUGUUGUCUUAUGCCUUUUGUAAAGCCCAAGAACCAAAGUUCCAGAACAAAAUAACUACUUGAAGUUUUCUUAGAAGGGAAGCAAAAGUUUGAUAUUCAGGAUCUAAAUUUUAUGGUGCUAAUUUAUGAAAUCUAUCAAAUGCUGAGAAUUUCAAUUAAGCUGUAGGAGCAACAUUGUCUUCACAUUCUCACUGUGUAGUUCUGCUGAACUGAGGUUCUUGCUUUCAGUCACUUGUGUAGUUAAUUUCACAUUAAGCCAAUAAUUAAUUAUUUGACAAAGUUGACUUGAAGUCAGACUUUGAAAGUGCCUAUUUCACCUGCAGUAUGAAGCACCAUGCUUGUUUCAUUUUAACUUGUGUUGCUGUCUUUGAAUGUCUGCCUGUUUUUAAUGUAAUCCCUUAUUUUAAAAUUAGUUCUUGUUAAGACAUGGGUAAAGGGGAUAUAUUGAUACUAUUUUAUUAUAAAAGUAAAUUGACUUUUGCCUAAAACAUUGUUUGCAGUUUACAGGGAUGAGAAUGGGACAUUUAAAAAAAAAAAAAACCUCUGAAAUGUCUGCCAACUUUCCCUACACACACACAUGAAUGUUUUCAAAUUCAGUGAUGGUUUAAAACGCUUAUAAACUUGCUUUUAUAACAUUUAAUAAUCCCUAGUACUUAAUCACUAUUUUUCUUAUAUUAACACUGUUGUAGACGAUAAGUAAUAAAACACUUUGUACAAAUUA